AUGCAGUUUACGAAACUCGAAAUUCCUGAUAUUGUUUUGAUUGAGCCGCGGCGCUUGGAAGAUGCUCGUGGCUGUUUCAUAGAAGUUUUUCAUGAGAAAUUAUUUCGAGAAUAUGUAGCUGAUGUUCAUUUUGUGCAAGAUAAUGAGGCAAUGUCUACAGCAACUGGAACAGUUCGAGGUUUACAUUUUCAAAAACCACCGGCAGCACAUGGCAAGCUAGUGCGAGUCUUGAGUGGUGCAGUUUAUGAUGUUGCUGUCGAUAUUCGACACGGUUCACCCUAUUUUGGCAAACACGUUGGACUUGUACUCGAUGCCUUAUCAGGAAAGAUGCUUUGGAUACCGCCCGGUUUCGCCCACGGCUAUUGUACUUUGAAAACUGAUAGCACUAUUGCUUACAAACUAACAGACUUUUACAGCGCUGAAUAUGAUGCUGGUACUGCAUGGAAUGAUUUGACUCUUGGAAUUAACUGGCCUGUGGACCCCAGCAAUGCUAUAAUAUCAGACAAAGAUCGUUCUCUCCCAGCUUUCGGGAAUUUACCACCGUUGUUCACCUAUACAGAGCUCAUUCAAGCGAUGACAGACAUUUAA